AGAAUUAAUUUAGAGGAUUAGUUAUGUUCUUGUUUAUUCUAUAAGGAUAUUUAGGGUGUGUUCGGUACAACGGAAAAUAUUUAUGGGAAAUAAGUGGCAUUACUUACUUAUUUCUUGUGUUCGGUAUGUACGCAAAGAGUAUUAUCCCAAAAAUAUUUGUGUGUAAUCUAGACAACCAUGGGAAGGUGACCGUGGGAUGGGAGCUACGAGGGUGGGGUGAAGAUGAAGUGUGUUGGAGGAUGGAAAGGAUACAAAUCAAGGGAACUUAUUUUCUCUAUUUCUACUAAAGAAAUCAUUUUUCUCAUUUUUGAGAAAGUUGUUUUUCUAUAAAAAAUAUUUUCAAAAAUUUUUAACCAAUAGAACAUGAAAAAAUUGAUAAAAAUAGAGUUACAACUUUUAAAGAUUUUCCUUAUUAGAAAAAUGGUUGGACUUUUCUUUUCUUUGUACUCAAAUAAAUGAAAGAAGCACAAGUAUUGCAAGUGUAUUUCUUUUAGUAUUAUUAUAAUAAUCUUAUUUUUUAAAACAUUAUUUUAAAGUAUUAAGAGUAAAUCAUGUAGUAUCCCCGAACUAUGAUAAAAUUUGCUACGACAAGCUCCAACUUCAUGAUAGUUCUGUUCUCCCUGAACUAAAUUUUAAUGUAUUUUCAUCAACCUUUUUAGUUGACGUAACACUUUCUGUCGACCUUUUUAGUUGACGUGGCACCUUUGACGUGGACGUCAUUUUAUGUAAUAAAGGUGUCACGUCAACAUAAAAGGAAAACAAAAAUAUGCUAAAAUUAAGUUUUGGAGGGUCAUAGGCCCUGUGAAGUUGGAGUGUGUCGUAGCAACUUUGGUCAUAGUUAUGGGGUACUGGAUGUUUAUCUCAAGUAUUAAUUAUGUUGACUUAUAUAUAUAUAUGUAAGUAAAAGAAGUUGCCUAAAAAUUACUUCAUCCGUUUAAAUUUGUUUGUCUAAUUUUAACUUGGCGCGAAAGGUAAGAGAAACAAAUUAAAACGGAGAAAGUAGAUUUUUUACCCGCGUAUUCUGAACUCGUUCGCAUAUAUGGGGACAAAUAGAGUAAUUAGUACUCCUCGCGUCCCAUAUUGCUUGCUCACUUUCUCUUUUACACGUUGUUUAAGAAAUCAUAAAUAAGAAAAAUAUGUUUAUUAAUUUUAACUCUUACAAUCUAUAUUUAUAUGCCUUACCCAUCAAUAUCACUAUUAACAAUGCAGUUUCUUUUAGAACUUUACAAUAUUUAUUAAUUUUUUUUAAAAAAAAGGGUAAAACAUGAAAAAAUAAAUUAAUUCUUUAUUUAAUUUGUACAAAUAAUGUGAGAUGGAAUAAGAAGUUUAGUAAGUAAUGAAGUUGGUAUUAUGACAUUCUCUUUAGAAAAUAAAAAUAAAAAAUGGACAACCUCGUACAAACUACAUAUAUAAGCAGAACUGCUUUGACUUACUUCUUUCUUGUCUUGUGAUUUUUGCGGCGCUGUUUGUUGUAUCUGUAAAACUAUAGUGCUAGAAUGGAAGGAGGAGCAAAAGGAAAGGAGAAGAAGAAACCCCUCGAUGUCUUUAAUGAUUUCAAGGCUCGACAUGCUGGUUUGCUUAAGGCUCUAACAACUGGUUUCCUCCUGUUCCUUUCUUUUGUUUUUCUUUGUCUUUUUUUAUUUUUUUUUAAUUUGUUCGAUCGAUUUGGUGUGUUUUGUAUGAUUUAUUUAAUGGAUUUGAUAUGUUCUUUUGGUAAUUCAGAUGUGGAAGAAUUUUUUAAGCUGUGUGAUCCUGGAAAAGAAAACUUAUGCUUGUAUGGACUCCCAAAUGGGCAAUGGGAGGUCAAACUGCCUGCUGAAGAUUUACCACCAAGCCUUCCAGACCCUGUUGUUGGUAUUAACUUUGCUAGAGAUGGGAUGCCACAAAAGGAAUGGCUUUCUUUUAUUGCCUAUCACUGUGAUGCUUGGUUGCUUUCUGUUGCCUUCCAUGCUAGUGGUAGAUUUGGAUUUGAUAAAGCUGACCGGGAAAAGCUCUUCGACAUGAUAAAUGACUUUCCUACAAUACAUAACCUAAUGACUGACGAUCCAGAGACGCAACAAAAGGAACAACCAACAGUCACUGAUAAAAGAAAAAACAAAUCCAAGCCAAACCCCAGUAAGAGGGCAUCAGAGUCUCAGGGAAAGCUUACAAAGUUGCAGAAAAAGUAUGAAGAAGAAGAAGAUGAUAAUGGCGAAGAUAUUGGUGAAGAAGAAGAGGGCGAGGAGGGAUGGGAUAUUGAGAAGGAUGAUGAAGAAAUGCAAGAUGAGACACUGUGCGGCGCAUGUGGGGAAAAAUAUCAAGAGGAUGAAUUUUGGAUAUGUUGCGACAAAUGUGAAACCUGGUUCCAUGGCGAGUGUGUGAAGAUCACCGCUGCCACAGCCGAGUACAUUAAGCAAUACAAGUGCCGCCCUUGCAGCAGCAAAAGAUACCAGAGUUAGCGUACGUGAUAUUGUGAAUGUAGAGUUCUCCUGCUGUCUGAUGCAGGAGGCUAUUCAUGAUGUUUGGAAGAAAUGCCCGAGUUUCACUGUUACGAAACUUCAGGCACUUUAUCUGAAGUCAGACUUUCUCAAGACUAACUUUAGACGCCGCAUGUCUGAACUUGUCCCUCAGUGGAUAGACGUGCAAACAUUUGUAAACUUAUGUUGUACUGUGACACCAAUUUCAGGUGUCUGAACUCUCCCCAACCCACCCAUUUUAAGACAUAUUCAUUUAUUUAAAAACUGUUUAAAGACCAA